ACCAGCAUAAGUUUUCCUCAUCGAGGCAGUGGCGAGAGUUUUUGAAGGAAAACUUGUCGAAUUUAACAUUUCUGUGACCUGUAAUAUAAAUAAGAUUAACCAAAAUGCCGGAAAAGGUCGUUGAUAAGGUUGACUUUCGGCAAGCCUUCGAGUUUCCCAAGAAACCGGAGCCGAAAAAUUUGAAGCAGUGGUUCUACGAUACUAGAACCAACGAAUAUAUGGGGCGUACCCCUAAAAGCUGGUGGUAUUUGUUCCUGUUCUACGGAGUUUACUUCAUCGUUCUGGGUGCCCUCACGACCGUCUGCUUCCAGUCGCUGUUUAUGGUGCUGAGCGACGACGCCCCCUACUUCCAGCUGUCGGAAUCGCUGAUCGGCACCAACCCGGGCCUGGGCUAUCGGCCACUGCCGGAGGAGCCGGAAGACAGUGGUUUCAUCCACUACGUGGCGUCCAACAAGACCGAGAUUGAUUACUGGGUUGGCCGGCUGAACCACUUCACGGAGCCCUACCGAAACACUUCCCUUCUUCCCGGUGGUGGUCGAAACCACGUACAGUGUGACUUCAACCAGCGGCCCAAGAAUCGAAAUGUCUGUGCGGUUGACCUGUCGAAACUGGGGCCAUGUACCGCGGAAAACGGUUAUUCUUACCAUGAGUCGUCACCAUGCAUUUUGAUCAAACUGAACAGAAUCUACGGCUGGGUGCCGGAAUAUUACGAUGAUCCGGAAAACCUGCCCGAGAACAUGCCCCAGGAGCUGAAGGAGUACAUCGGCAAUCGUACUACGGACAUGGAGCGCAAGCAGAUUUGGAUCACCUGCAACGGAGUGAACCCCGCCGACAACGAAGCCAUCGGACCGAUCUCGUACUAUCCCAGCUUUGGCAUCCCGUCGUACUACUUCCCCUUCACCAACCAGCCAGACUACCUGAGCCCCCUGUUGGCAGUACAGUUCCAGCGACCAGCGCUUCAACGUAGCAUCUACGUCGAGUGCCGUGCCUGGGCUAAAAACAUCCGAUACCGUGGUGGAAGUCGCGAUCGCCAGGGAUCGACCCAGUUCUCGAUCCUCAUAGACUAGUAAGUCCCAGAUUAUUACGAAUUUUCACAUGGUGUGUGUGAAAAUGAGUGUCGGAAUGCAAUACAAUGAUCCCAAUUGAAUGUACAAACAAUUAAUGUCAAUAAAUAAUUGAAACACUCAGGUUACAUAUGGUAAAUUAUACAAAGAAAUACCCUUAAAUUUAAUCUUGAUCAGAAUCGAUGAUUUUGGAUGCAGUUGAAUUUGUUCAAAGGCCUGAUCAAAUUUGAAACGAUUGAAUCUUUCAAAAUUGAAUGAAAAACAAAGUAUAAUUAAAUUAUCGAACCGUUAAUUUGU